CUCUGCAAACUAGGCAAAUGCCGGAGAGACGGAAGGUACCAGAGGUACUAUGGAGUCUAUUCAGGGACAAAGUAAGAACCCUAGCCAGCACUAUUAUCUCUCUUAUCCCUCCGGUUCCAUCAUCUUCGCCGACUAUUUGCCGUUGCAAAGGACGGCGUUGUCUCCGGUGCGCUCAUUCAAACGCAAUCUCUUUUCUCGUCCGUCCUGAUGAUCCGCUCCAUUACCGCCAGCUUCUUAACUGCUGCUUCGUCGUCAUCAAUGACAAUGCCUCUCCUCUGAUCGACUUCUAUCCUGACUCUCAUUGUUCUCAGCUGGAGAUUGUGAGAAGGAUUAUUGAAAUGUUGUUACCUGAGGGCUCUAAGUCCAAUAUAUUAUGCAGUGAUUAUAAUAGACAUAAUCGUUCAAGCCCUGUUGUAGACUAUUUGACUUGUCCAGCAUGGGAUCUUCUUCAUAAACGGGUGGGGGAUGAUCUUAUGGCCUAUCUACUGAAGUCUACGUCAAUAUUUUUGCCGCUUUGUCAUAAUAAACAUCAUCAGGUGUCUGGUCCCCCUAUCAAUGACUUAUGCCUGAAGUUGUCAAAGCAGAAAUUAGACUAUCAAGGACCCAACAGGAAGAGAAGGGGACUUGAUAGCGUUAAUCUCACAUUGAAAAGGCAAAAAGUUAGCUCUCCUUUUGUUUCGAUGCCAAGUCCAUGCUUAUGUUGUUUGGCCUUGCAAUUGUCAUGUUCAGUCAUCAACAAAAGCAUGAUUGACAGGAGAAACAUGUUUUAUAGUGUGAAACGCUCAUCCUCACUUUUCCCAAAAAAACAUAUGCUAGAGAACUUAAAGCCAAAUUUCUCUGGGGCAAAGUUUCUUAUUUGCAAUAUUUUUGGCUUAUCUGAUGUAAACAUAAGUGCCCAGUCAAAGCAAUGCUUCCACAGAGAUGGUUUUUGUUCCAGUGGAUCUACAUGCCUGUUUCACUGUCUUCUGAACUCACUUAAGAUGCUUAUACGCAGAACCAAGAAGUGCCAGUACCGAAGAUUAUUGAACAAACAUUGUCCUGAUCCUUCUGCAUAUCUACAAGCUAAGAAAAAUUCAAGCUCAAUGAUUGAUAUGACAGAAUUAGGGCAGACAACACAUAAACAACCUGAUUAUUCCAGUUCUAAGAAUUGCAAGAGAAAGGAAGAAGUGGUUAAUCCCCAGGCCAAUAUAAGCAAGCCUUAUUGCUCAAAAAAUCAGGUGGUAUCCUUUUUAUGGGCGGUUUGUAGGAGUAUUAUUCCUCUGGAUUUGCUAGGAACUCCUUCUAAUCAGAGAAUAAUGAGGAGAAAUAUCAACAGAUUUGUUGGGCUCCGGAGAUUUGAAAAAUUCUCUAUAAAACAAUGCCUGCAUAAGCUGAAAACUUCAAGGUUUGCUUUUUUGUCAAAAAAUAAUUCAUCAAGCUACAUGAUGCAAGAAGGUUUAUCAGGACAGAGUAUAAACAAGUGUAAAAAUCUUGAUAAACUGAAUAAUGCUGUACGGAAUAUGAAGAAUAAGCUUUUGAUGAACUGGAUUUUUUGGUUGUUCUCAUGUCUAGUUAUGCCAUUGGUGCAAGCCAAUUUUUAUGUUACUGAAAGUGAGCAAGGGAAACAAGAGGUAUAUUAUUAUAGGAAGUAUAUAUGGGAAAAAUUGACAAAAGGGGCUAUUGCCAAUCUCAAUGAUAGUGGCUACGUUCAUGUGGAUGAGGCUACUGUUAACGACAUUUUGAGCAACAGAAUUUUUGGUUUCUCAAAACUCAGACUUCUUCCAAAACAAAAUGGAGUAAGAAUGAUAGCUAAUCUUAAAACAUCAUCAAGGUUGCCAGGACAAGAAUCUUCUCUGAAUGCCAAGUUCUGUGGAAGUGAUAGAACUGCAAAAAUAUAUAAUCGAAUGCCUAAAUGUGAAGAUUUGAAGUCUGUGAACUCUUUUCUUCGGGAUACACAUGCUGUUCUAAAAGGCCUGCAGGCAAAAGAGCCACAGAAGUUAGGAUCAUCAGUUUUCGAUUAUAACGAUGUUUACAGAAAGUUAUGCCCAUUUCUUGCUGGGCUGAAAGACAGGUCAGGAAAUAUGUCUGGCAUAUUCAUUGUAGUGUCUGAUGUAUCCAAAGCAUUUGAUACUAUUGAUCAGGAUAAGCUGCUUAGUGUAAUGGAUGAGGUCUUAUUAGAAGAUGAAUAUAAUUUGGAACAGUCUUAUCAAGUUAUUUGCCCAAAAAGAUCACCUCGUGUUUGUGAGAAUCUGGCAUUGAGCGCUGACUUUAGAAGAGUCAAGUCUUCUGUCCUCUUCCGCUCGUUGCAUGGUGUUCUUGUUAAUCAGGGCAAAUGCCGAUAUAUGAAAAAGGAAAAGCUCUUUUCUAUUCUAAAUGAGCUCGUGAAACGAAAUGUGCUGCAUUUGGGAAACAAUUUUUACUUGCAAGGAACAGGUAUACCUCAAGGGUGCACUCUAUCUUCUCUGCUUUGCUCAUUAUAUUAUGGACAUAUGGAGAGGAACCUGAUCUAUCCAUUUCUUGAGAAAACUUGUCAAGCCACUGAAUUAUCUGGAAGCCGUAGAGCUCAUGAUGCUUCUAUUGUGCAAAACAAGAAAGCGGGAACAAUCAUUUCAUGCCCUAGCUUUAUUCUGUUGAGACUUAUUGAUGACUACCUUUUUGUUUCUACCUCAAAGGAGCAGGCUGCUGCAUUCUUCUGCAGGUUGCAGCAAGGAUUUGGGGAGUACAACUGUUACAUGAAUAGGGAAAAAUUCUGUGUAAAUUUUGAUAUAGGAUUUAAAUCAUGGCUUUCGUCAAGUAGGAUGUAUGUAGGUGAAGAUGGUAAAUCAUUUAUUCCAUGGAGUGGUUUGCUCAUCAACUGUUGCACUCUUGAAGUUCAAGGGGACUAUAGAAGGUAUUUGAAUAAUCAUCUUAGUUCGACUCUUACCAUCUGCUGGCAAGGUAAACCAGGUUGCAGUUUGAAAAGAAAGUUGUGUUGCUUCAUGAGACCCAAGUGCCAUCCCGUAUUCCUCGACUCAAAUAUCAAUUCAGCAGCUGUUGUGAGAUUGAAUAUCUAUCAAGUUUUCUUGUUAUGUGCGAUGAAGUUCCAUUGCUACGUAUCAGAGAUAUCAUAUAUUUACAAAUUUAGGGCAAGAUACUAUUCCAGGAUAACUGAGAGGUCCAUAAGGUACAUGAACACACUAAUAAAAAACCAAAUGAAAUCUAUGUAUCUGGGCCCUAAUCUUCGUCCCAUUCUUCAAUUGGACAAGGAGGAAGUAGAGUGGCUUGGAUUACAUGCUUUUGUUGAGGUGCUGAAGAAAAAGCAAUCUCGGCAUAAAGCAUUGUUGUCUUUGUUGAGGUCUAAGUUAUCAGCACAUACACUGUCUGAGAGUUUGUCAGGCCCAGAGCUGCUUACUUUCUUUGUCACCUCCUCUACAAGACUACGUCUGUCACAGAAACAGUCGAGUAAAAUUUCAAUUUUAGGGUUCUUUGCUCUUCGAAGUAGCAAUGGCAGGUCGCGUUAGAUCGAGCUUCUCUCUCGUCAACAAGUUCCUGAGAUCCGAUUCUCUCUUCUCUAACAGAUCCGUUCUUCAGAGAUCUCUCCUCUGCCCCGAGUUCACAAGAAAUUUGGCUACUGCUGCUGGGAAAAAGGAGGAAAACGUUAAGCUGCCGCUGUCUUUGUUUGGGGGAUCUGGAAACUAUGCCUCUGCAUUAUACCUUGCUGCAGUGAAAGCUAAUGCACUAGAUAAGGUUGAGUCUGAGGUUCUUGAUCUUGUUGAGGCUGGAAAGAGAAGCCCCAUCUUUACUCAGUUCACAAAGGACUUGGCAGUGCCUUUGGAGACAAGACUUCAGGCUGUUAAUGAUAUUUGCAAGGAAGCUAAAUUUUCUGACAUCACAAACAAUUUCCUUGGUAUGUAGCAUUUGAUUUGUGCUACAUGAAAUUUGGAAGUUUAGUUGAGCUGAUUUAGAAUUUAUUCUUUCCACUGGCUUCCAAGAGGCAAUAGUUAGAUCAAUGUUCUGUCAAUAUAUCUUUAAUGAGGUUGGUGUCAUUGUUAUUCUUCUUUUUUCAAAACUUCAAAUUGUAUGAUUACAUUUCCCUUAAUAUUGUAAUAGAAUUAUUCCACAUAUAUGUUAUUCUGAAUCAGUUUUAUCUGUUGACCAA